CAGGGGUCUUACAGACAAGUCUUCACUACGUCACUGAUUCAUCUCUAGAGCACUCUCCAGCCUGUGCACUGAAUGAUGCAGACGUCCUGUGGAAAAAUUACUAGUGAAGACAGUUGCUGAAUAGUUCAUGCACACCAUGGUUUCCUCUUGCUACUCAUGUCAUAAACUGAGAGGCAACUUUCAUCUUCUGUGGACAAAGAAAAUUAUAUUUUUGGAAUUCUACAGAGACCAGACUGGCCACUUGUCUCCACUUUAUAAUCUCUUUCUCUGAGUAGAUCAGAUACCUCCAUGAACAUAACAAAUGUAUCAGGAAAUGGCAUUGCUCACUGGGAACGCAGAUCCCAAGUUCACUUCGUAUUCCUACAACAAUUUGGAAAACCUGUGCGAGGUGCAGACCAAGAAAGGGUUCUUCUACAAGAAAGCCAAGCUUCUUCACCCUGGGGAAGACUUGUGCUGCUUGGCCCAUCUAGAGGACCGCACCAGGCAUGUGAUCAUCAAUGUAGGUGGCAUUAAAUACAGGAUUCCGUGGACCACACUGGAGAACUGCCCUUUGACCAGGCUUGGAAAACUAAAAUCUUGUAACAACUAUGAUGAGAUCAUGGACAUCUGUGAUGAUUAUGAUGUCAGCUGCAAUGAGUUUUUUUUCGACCGUAACCCUUGUGCCUUCAGGACCAUCAUGACUUUCCUGACAGCUGGGAAGCUGAGGCUUCUAAGGGAGAUGUGUGCCCUCUCUUUCCAAGAGGAGCUGGUGUAUUGGGGGAUCGAAGAGGAACACCUGGAGUGGUGCUGUAAGAAAAGAUUACGACAGAAGGAGGAGGAGGUAGCCGAGGCCACGCAGUAUGAGAGAGAGAUGAUGAUUAAUGAAAGUCCACAAUGUGCCUUCCAGGACACUAGCCGUUCAGGUCUGUGCAUGAGAAAGCUCAGGGAUAUGGUGGAGAACCCUCACUCAGGGAUCCCAGGAAAGAUCUUUGCUUGUAUAUCAGUCUCAUUUGUGGCCAUCACUGCAGUGAGUCUCUGUAUCAGCACCAUGCCAGAUCUCCGAGAAGAGGAAGAGCGGGGUGAAUGUUCUCAGAAGUGCUACGACAUCUUUGUGUUGGAGACGGUUUGCGUUGCUUGGUUUUCCUUUGAGUUCCUCCUGCGCUCCAUUCAGGCAGAAAGCAAGUGCGCCUUCCUGAAGACCCCCCUCAACAUAAUCGACAUCUUAGCCAUCUUGCCUUUCUACAUCUCUCUGAUAGUGGAUAUGGUCUCUGCUAAAAACAGCAACAGGAAGCCUGGCAGUGGAGCAGGAAACAAGUACUUGGAGCGAGUGGGCCUGGUUCUACGCUUCUUGCGGGCUCUCCGCAUCCUGUAUGUCAUGAGGCUGGCACGCCAUUCACUGGGACUGCAGACACUGGGACUCACUGUGCGCCGCUGCACCAGGGAAUUUGGACUCCUCCUCCUCUUCCUUUGUGUUGCCAUGGCGCUCUUUUCUCCACUGGUUUAUUUGGCAGAGAGCGAACUGGGAGCCAAGCAAGAAUUCACUAGCAUUCCCAUUAGCUAUUGGUGGGCUGUAAUCUCUAUGACAACUGUAGGCUAUGGAGACAUGGUACCUCGGAGCAUCCCGGGACAGGUAGUAGCCCUGAGCAGUAUCUUGAGUGGUAUUUUGCUGAUGGCUUUUCCAGUCACUUCCAUCUUUCACACUUUUUCCCGCUCCUACACAGAGCUAAAGGAACAGCAGCAGCGAGCUGCAAGCAGACAGUUGCACCAGCUAGAGGAAACCACCAGAUCCCCAAAUGGUGACAGUUCUCAGGGACUGGGUACCUCCUCCCCACUAGACGCAGCUGGGGCGUGGCGUAAGCCAGCAGUGAACCAAGAAGACAAGAGGAAGUGUUGACUGCAAACAACUAAAAGAUUUAGCCAGCAGCACUGAACUAGCAAACGAGAGAGUUCCAGAUCUGAAACAAAACCCUAUGGAACGAACAUAAAUCAGGGUAUACAGUGAGACCUGUGCAAGAGACUGUCCUUCUUGAGUAACUUUUAGUGUCCCUAAAAACAACGUGGAGUACCGUUCUGCUCCCUCUUUCGUAGAAGGCCGCUUUCGUUAAGCAACUGAUUUUGGGCAGCCCCCAAGGAGCAGUUGCUUAAGCCAGGUUUCCACUGUGUCCGCUAACAAGAAAAAAUAAAUUUGGAGAGAGAAUUCAUCCUAAGGGUCCAUUGCCGGGGGAAAUAAGGGUGCCAUUUACUGUACAUAAGCUUCCUGGUAGCCCUACUCUUUGCUGAGAAUGUCCCAAAACCCUUAUUCCCUAUGCACAAUGGAUUCAAUCUAUGUGGCACCUCCAUGGGGUGUACAUCUCAAAGUGUAAAGGGGAAAGUUGAAAGAUGGGGGAGAGAGGCCUGCCUUGACCAGCAGAAGGGCAAAUUUAUCCCUAUUCCCUGGUCUUUUAAUAAAUAGUGAUUUAUUUAUUUAUUUAUUAAAUUGGGAACCAUAAUCUGGGCUGCCUGCUGACAGGUCUGACUUGUGCUCUUGCUCUUUAUGCAUUAUUUAGUAAACAUGCAUAUCUACAAUAGUAGGCUUUGCACUUUAGCCCUGAUGACAGAUCUAUACAUGGACAACCUUGUUAAUGAUACUGAACGUCAACUUGUUUUCCUUUGCUCACAUUUGCACAUGGCUUAAAAAAAACCAAAAAUGUGUUCCUCUGUUAGCCUCCUCCUUCCUGUGUUUUAAAGACUGUUUAACAUUUAAGCAAAAAUUAAAAGCACCUGCCCAAUAGGGGUAGCCUUAUGGUAAGGCAGGGUGGGAAUAGUUGCAGAGACUCAUGUUUGUAGUUUUCUGCAGUGGUACUUUGAAGACUGCAGCUCUAUACAAAGGGCUUGAUCCAAACCCAUUAAGUCAAUGGGAGACUUUCCAUGGACUUUGGGGAUCAAGCCUCAAAGCAGCAGCUGUCCCACAUGUUAGGGAAUAAUCUUGGGAAGAGAUGAUCUUUUCAGACCCAGGUUACAUCCGUCCAUCCCUCCCUUCCCCCUAGUUUUCAUUCCAAAAGAUCACUACAUUUAAACAAAAAGUCCGUGCCACAAAAACUCAACCAUUUUUUGUUUAUUGAAUCAAAUUUUUCAUAUCAUGAGCAUCUGUGAGCUCUCUGCCCCAUGCUGCUCCUUCUUCGCUGUGUAGCUGGUUCAGUUCAGCGUGUAGCGUACAUCUGGAUGGAUUCCUAAUACUGGGUAUCAUUUAAGAAAAACAACAUUGACGGGCACCUCAUUCUUUACUGAUGUAGGAACAUUACACUGCCCUUUUCUGUUCCACCGCAGCUGUCAGGAAAUGAACAAAUACUCGUAUAUUACAGAUGGGUUUUUUUCCCCCAAUGGAGACGAGAAUAACCCUACACUAGAAGAUGACUGUAGUAAGCCAUUGCUCAAAGGAAUGGACUGAAAGACAUAAAAGGUUGUUUUAUUUUAAUAAAAACUGGAAGUUUUGUUCCUGUAUUGUUGCAUUGGCUUUUCUUUUCCUUUUGAGGCUGUGCCAUGUGCUCCAAUGUCCCCACAGCUGACAGUAGCCAUUUGCUCUUCCUGGCCUGUGUUAAUCAUUGGCCAUGAUCAGAACAACGGGUCAAGGAAUUUGAAAAAUCUGUUUAAUUUAAAAAACAAGAUGAAAAGCUGAGCUGGCAGACACCAGUGCAGCCACUUCCAUUCUCACAUAGGUGCCAGCUCGGAGUCUAAGGUUGAGAUGGGAGGGGCACCUACCCCUCCCAUUGACUCCAAGGAGAAUUGUGGUGUCUCAGUCCCACCCAGGAGUGAGCCCUUUUAAAAGGGCCUUCUGGACAUACAGCACAGUAACAUAAUCUGGGGAGACAUCCCCUUGCCCCUGCUGAACCUCACAUCCAAGCUGUGGAACUAGCAUCCCCUCAGUGUGGGAUCCACAGAAAUACCAUGCUGGAGUUUUUUUCUAUGCGCUUAGCUUCAGCAAGAUUAGCCUCAUGCCUCCAAACAAUUUUGGUGUCCCAGAGAGAGGUGAAAGUGAAUAACAGAUUAAAAGCUAUAUACUGCCUCUUCUUACAAGAAAAGGAGGAGAAAAAAAGAUUGACCUGCCCCCUCUGUGAGCCACUUCCAGGCCUGCCAAUUGCUGCCAGCAUCUUCACAGCAUCGUUCUUUUUGAGUUAUUAAAAAAAUGAUUGGUCAGUAGUAAAGCAGCCACCACACAAACCUUAUGGUUUCUGCCCAGAGCUCAGGUCUCUGAGUACUGCCUUGCAGUGGAGAAUUAGAAUGAAGCAUCAUACUGCUGGAGAAUUGCCACGUACUGCUACAAUUUGAUAUUUUAAACUGGAGCAGGAUUUUCAUGUGUUAAGUCUAUUAAGGCUCGUCUUCAAGGCCCAGAAUACUAGCCUGCUAAAUGUAAAAUCAAGCUGUACUGUAUGGUAAUGCAUGCAGUAUGGAGGCGAUGAAGAAUGUGGCAAAGUAUUCUUGCCCCAAAACUUAAAAUUAAAGCAGCUCACAGAUUCUCCAGCUGAACUCAAUAGACAAAAUCAUUUCAUAGUAUUUGCUUUAGUUCAUGAACACCGUAUGCUGUUUAUACAUGUAGUCUAAACA